GCGACGUGCACAUGGUGGAGGUGGAUGUUGUGCUCCGGGGAGGGGACGGGGACCCCAUCCUGGCUCAUCCCCCGGACACUGACAGCGACAUCACCCUGCGGGAGUGGCUGGCGCAGAUGGGCAGCACCAACAAAGGCAUCAAGCUCGACUUUAAGAGCCUGGCCGCCGUGGGACCCUCCCUGGAGCUGCUGGGACAGCUGGGGCAGAGCCUGGACAGGCCCGUGUGGCUGAACGGGGACAUCCUGCCCGGGCCCUGCGGGAACCGCGCGCCGCUGGACGCCCGCGCCUUCCUGGGCGCCGUCACCUCCUCGUGCCCCGAUGCCACCCUGUCCCUGGGCUGGACCACGGGCUGCCACCGAGGCCAAGGUACAGCCUCACUGUUUGGACAGGAAAGGAAGAUGUGUAUUCUGUAGAAGACUUGCUUCUCAUCCGAGAAAAUUUUGAUAAAAGUAGGGUUUAUUAUGACAUUUUUGAACCACAAAAUUCUGAAUUCAAAAAAGCCAUUGGAAUAGAAUAGUAGAUGCAAAGCAGGCAAUGCCUGACCCUAUAGCACUUUACAUUGUAAACCCCUUUAAAUGUGAGGAUAUUUUUUAUUCAAAGAAACACAAUUUCCCUGCCAGAAGGGCUGGGUUGGGCACGCCUGUGGUUGCUGGAGGAGUUUUGGUUUGGCACUGUGUAGAAAGGCCUCUCAAUCAGAAAUGCAGAAAUCGGCGCCUUCCCCAUUGUCCCUGCUCGCGGCGUGGGACCCUGGUGCCACCCUCCAGGAGGGGGGAUGGCGCUGCCAGCUGCUCUGCCGUGGUCACUGUGCCCUGGCAGUGCCAGGCAGUGCCAUGGCCAGCGAGCAGCCCUGUGGUGGCAGCAGGGACAGCGCUGUCCCCAACCCGGCCUGCAGGGACAUCCCCAGGCCCUCAGGUGGGCGAUGGCGGCGCGGCCCUCACUGGGCCCUGCAGCUCUCAGGAUUGUCCACAAUGUGAAAACCCAAUAAAAGCCAAAGCCCUGCUAAGCAUCUGCAGGAAGAGCCUGACCUGGUUCAUUAACACCAUUUAUUGCCUCUUUUGCUGCUGCAAUUCCCCAAAAUUGACACGGACUGAGACACUGGCCCUGUGGGAUUGGCUUCUGCCAAACACCACAGACGGUAGCAGAAAUACCAAAGGUUUCUUCCACAAUCACAGAGGACAUCUUAGCUUCUGAGUAAAAGCCAAUGCCCUGAGAAGCAUUACUUCCUCAACUUCUUGUCCUCCUUUUCCUGCUCCCCUCACAUGGCUCCUGUGCAAAUUUUCUUAACUCAUCUGUUAGCCUAACAGAUACUGUACACGAUAUUUUACAGGCUGUUAGUACUGAAGUAAAUUACAAUCAUUUUUACUGCUCUUACAUGGCAUUGGUACAGCUGUGAUAGAAAAGUUAGUUACAUUUCUUAAUCUUACAUUUUGAAUUAUCGUGAUCUCACGCUAAAAUUCAAGACUCCCUUUUGUAACCGACUACUCCUUUGAGAGAUUUAUCCAAUAGUGGUUUUCUCGUAUUGAGGGGUAGAGCUUUCUUCAUUUUGGUCUCCUACUAAGCUGUGCUUGACCAAAACUUAGGAAAAGAUUGUUCCACAUAAGGAAGAAAACUACCUGAUUAUACUUGAGAUAACUAAACAGAGUACUUGAUUUAAUUUAAUCACCCAUAAAGUGAGUGGCAGUAACCACCGAAGGGUCAGGCUUGGCUGUGUGAUUUCUGCAGUGAGUCUGGAGAAGAGAUUAAUUCUUCAGUUGUGGUUUGUUGCAGGCAGUUGCAUUCAUUGAUUUGCAGGAUUCCAUCUCUCAGUGGUAGGCCUCUUAGGGACCACAGGCACACAUUUCUCUGCAGCUUAGAAAUCCUCCCACUGACCAGUUCCCACCUGAAGUACUGGCAUUUGUUACAACUCAUUAAACUAUUAAGUAAAAAGCACCAGCAACUGCCAGAAGUAUUUUUAAAGAAGAAGUAUAUCUGAGCAAUACCUGUGGAUGUCAGUAAACGGGAUAAUCAGGUGAAAUUAAAGAAGACAUCAUCUGGAUUACCAGGAAAUGACUAUGUGGUGAAUUUGAUUGUUCUGUAUGGAUUAUUCUAUGUGUAUGAAUUUCUGUAAGUAAUUUUACCUGUGUAUCUUUGCUAGUCCCCUGUGAAGUUGUUUAUGUCAGUCUGGUCUGACUUGCACAGAAAUAAAUUAAUUUGAUUUUGUU